AUGGAAGCAGUGCGUUUCUACUCCGUCGGAACACCACAGAUGACCGCGAUCCGAAAAAAGCUGGUCAUCGUCGGCGAUGGUGAGGGCAGCGAGAGGCGUCCUCUAAGCGUCUUCGGUGAUGGCCAGCUUGCGGAUGCCCCUGUGCCUGCCGUCUUGGAGAACUAUGUCGCCACCAUCGACGUCAGGGCUGAGCUGGCCUUAUGGGACACAGCGGGGCAGGAGGACUAUGACCGGUUGCGGCCACUGUCGCACCUGAAAAGAGGCUCGACCUUGAUGUGCUUCAGCAUCGACUCGCCCGACUUCCUGCACAAACCGGAGUCGUGGAGGCCGGAGGUCCGCCACUUCUGCGCCAGCGUGUCCGUCAUCUUUGCAAAGGUGAUGAACCCCGGCUACCACUUGCCCAUGCUUGCAGAUCCAGCCAUGACGAAGCACGAGCACGGUGUUCCUGAGGAAAAGUGUACCACGUCGGUGAAGACCAACGCCGACGACUCACCUGGAGUACAAUCCGCCAAGACCAAGGACGGUGUGCGCGAGGUGGUCGAUAGUGCAAAAACGGUCUCCUAUCCCAGGUGUAGAGGCCGUAGGAUAUUCAAUUUAUUCCGCAAUAUAGAAUAA